UAUACAUACUUAAGCCGACCAGCUCUUUGCAUCUUCUAUAUGGGAUUGUUAGCAUUUCAUAUUGCAUUGUUUCCCAUCUUUCAUUUCAAAGUUUACAUAACGUGUCAAUAUUGAUAAUGGCCUACGAAGUUCCAAUAUUACACCUGAAGUUUAUGAAGACGAUAUAAUUUCCACCAGAAAAUAUUUGCAGUGGCUGUACUAAUUAAUGGGACAGUCUUAUGUGUUACGUUAGCUUCAACUCUGCUGCUAAAGAAAUUAAAUAUCCUGUUUUAUGAAUCAGAAAUUAAUUCCAUGUUGUGUGACUCAUAUCUGACACCAGAGAAGUGUAUUUUUAUAGACGUGAAUAAUUAUGGUCCUGUGUGCCUGCGAGUGUUCGAAGGGGGUGGGAAAUUAACCUCUAGAAUUAUUUUAAACUUUUUAACGUUUACCCAGUAAUGUAGCACAAGUGUAGUUUACUGGAGAAUCUCAUUGUUAAGUCAAUCUGAAUGAUAGAGAAAUCGUUCCUUUUUAAUUCAGUCUCCUAAUGAAAAGCAAAUGGAAGGAGGGUUUCUAGAUAAUUAGAUUCUGUUGAGAAGAAGGUAGCAGUCUGCAAUGCGGUUAGUUCUCUUUCCACAUUACAGAAUGCAAGUGAUUGCAAAUAGGAAAUUAUGGCUCUUCGGCAUCUGGAUUCCUUCACAGCAAGAACCCUCAAAUGGUCAUAACUGUUCAACAGUUUCUAAGAUUAAAGGAUACUGCAGUCUCUUGCAAUAAGAGUGCCAAAAUUUGUAGUGCAGAGAACUGACAUCCUAGUCUGAAGGAAAAAUGGAAAAUACAGUAAUCAAAGUAGAAAUAGAUGUGGAUGUUCUGAGUGAAGAAGAAGAAGCAAUUGACUUGAAAAGUGAUGAGGUUUAUAUAUCAUCAUCAUCACUUCCUGUAAAGCCUGAACCCAAGAACUACAUGGAGAUUCUGAAAGUUGAACCUACUUCAUGUAGUGAGACAUGUGUAACAUCUUUUGUUGAUGGGAAUAAGGCCACUGAUGUAAAAGUUGAGGUCACAGAUCCACAAGAGGAGGAUCCUUUGUUAGUAACAUUACCAGUAGUACCUGCUGAACAUGAGAAUAUUCUGAAUGGCCAUCAACCCACACAUGCUGAGAAGCAUCCCUACUCCUGUGAUGUGUGUAACAAAUUCUUCAGUGAUCAGAGUAAUCUGAAGACACAUCAACGCAUACAUAGUGGAGAGCGUCCAUAUUCGUGUUGUGUGUGUAAUAAAUCGUUCUGUCAACAGAGUAAUCUGAAGAAACAUCAACGCAUACACAGUGGAGUUCGUCCUUACUUAUGUGGCAUGUGUAAUAAAUCUUUCAGUGAUCCAAGCAAUUUGAAGACUCAUCAGCGCAUACACAGUGGGGAGCGUCCAUAUUCAUGUGAUGUUUGUAAUAAGUCAUUCAGUAAUAAAAGUCAUCUGCAGACUCAUCAACGCAUACAUAGUGGGGAGCUCCCAUAUUCAUGUGAUGUGUGUAAUAAAUCAUUUAGUGUGCAGGGUUCUCUCAAGAUUCAUCUACGUAUACAUAGUGGAGAGCGUCCAUACUCAUGUUAUAUAUGUAGCAAGUCAUUUAGUGUACUGAGUUCUUUGAAGAUUCAUCAGCGCAUACAUAGUGGGGAGCGUUUAUAUUCCUGUGAUUUGUGUAAUAAAUCAUUCAUUGUAGAGAGUAAUCUACGAACACAUCGAUUACUGCACAGCGGAGAGCGUCCAUAUUGUUGUGAUAUGUGUAGUAAAUCAUUCACUAAACAGAGUACUCUCAAAACUCACCAACGCAUGCAUAGUGGAGAGCGUCCCUACUCCUGUGGUGUGUGUAAUAAAUCUUUCAGUGUACAUAGCUCUCUGACAACACAUCAACGCAUACAUAGUGGCGAGCGACCAUAUUCCUGUGAGAUAUGUAGUAAAUCAUUUAGUGUGCUGAGUAAUUUGAAGUCACAUCGACGCAUACACAGUGGAGAAUGUCCGUAUUCUUGCAAUGUGUGUAAAAAAACAUUCAGUGAUUUGAGGAAAUUGAAAAGACAUUUGUCUCAGCACAGUGAUUAAUGUUCAUAUUCAUGUGACUUGUUCACAAAAUUGUUCAGCGUUCCGUGAUGAGACACACACACAUAUGAGUGAGGGAAAAUUUUUUUUAUGUAUGUAAGAAGUCAUUUAGUGUUUUGAGAAAAGUCACGGAAAAAAGCGUCGAUGUUGAUGGUGGAGGAGAAUGUCAAUAUUGAUAAUUAUGAUGAAUUUACAUAUAAGUCCAUGUCAUCUGCUUUGGUGGAAAUUUAAAAUAAUGGGAAGGUAAUAAACAAUUGUAAUGGAUUUUCUACCACAGAUUUUUUCAUAAAGUUAAAACUAGUUUUAAGACGUGUGUGACUAAUCUUACCAUCACUAAAGUUCUCCUUACAUCAGUGUAUUGCAUAAGAAGGAAAACCAAUAUACAUGAACUCCACAGUGUCCCAGGAGGAAUGGGCAAUAAUAUUCUUCUUGCAGGUCACUGUAUUAUUAUUAUUAGUCAUCCAAACGGUUUCUGAGACGAGCCAUUUCACUGUAUGGUACACUGCACACUGUAGAGAUGAGCAACAUGCCAUGUCCUCACAUGAGCUGUGAAGUGUUUUUAUGUUGAUAGAACUUUUUAAAAUGUAUUAUGCUAAGUAAACUGCAUCAAUUUUGGAACUGUACAGUGAAAUAGCUUUAUCUUGGAAGCUGUUUGGAAUAGGACAUGUACACACACUUUUUCUCAGAAUGGGCCUUUCCUCCUGGAACACUGUAUAUAAAGGUUAUUAUGUGGUCUGUAGACACAGAUGGUUUCUGUUGUUCAUUAAAAUACAUAAUGGUGAGGGUUGUAAUGUUACAAAAAUUUUCUCCCAAUAUUUUAUGAUGUAUGCUUAUAGCUAUGAGCCUUUCCUCUGCACCAGCAUCUUUCUUUAUUGAAGUGUUAUGAUACUUCUCUGUUCAUAUGGUCUGGCCAACAUUUGGCACCAUAGUUUUUCUGUAAGAGACCAUGGGGGGUUGCAUUGAUGGCAGCUCAGCUGUGCAGUGAGACUGGCUUACCUGUCUUUCUUGUGUAGGAAGCAAGAGCCUCUGGGUCAUAGAUGGUUGGUUCAGAAGAUUGGUUGGGAUAUGGCUUAAGCAGCACUCCAAGGUAGAGCAUAUCUUUUCUGUGGUCAGUUUUCUAUACUACAAGAAGCAGCACAAGAUAGUAACAGUCAUGGCACAGUUCAGAUUUCUUGACAUUCCACAGAUCCUUCUUUGGGCUAAACCACAGGAUGCGGAACUCGUCACAAUAUCAAAAUGAUUAUUUACUUUCAUGCAAUAAUUUACAUAUAUAAUUUAAUGGCAUACUUACGUAUCAUACAUAGUAUGUAAAUAAUUUCCAUUUCAUGCCAUGCAGUAGGCGUGAAAUUGAAAUACACAAAACAUUUUUAACAUGAAGAUGCAUGUAACGCCAUGCGUAAAUGUUUCCUGUUUUACAACGCUACCAAAUCAGAAACAAAACUUACCAUCCAUCAGAGAAUAAACAGUGACGGAUGUAUUUAAUUUACAAGCACCGCAACAUCCAAACAGAGCACAUGUAGUACAUAGUUCAGUGUGUUUUAUUGCAGCCCUUGGAAAAUCGAUGCUAUUGGCGGGCAACAUAGCCACCUUUACAUCCUGAAAGCAUUUAUUC